CAGUCAGGACUUGGCAUCAGUCACUCACUCUGUCACGAAAUUGCUCGAGGAGUCACCGUGGGCCUCAGUGUCUGCCCGUUCUCUUAUAUAAGUCGAGUCUUCUUGGCAGCCCAAGGUUCCAAAUUCCUUGACCAACAUCACGACCCAAGGUCUCCUCAAAACGUCUCUCUCCGGUCUCGCUCAAAGAAAGCCAUCCAUACACCAUCUAUUGUCAACACCCCAACCACAAAAAUGGGCACCCCCUUCAUCGCCACCCUCGAGCCUCCCGGCAUCGCCCUCUCCCCCUGGGACGGCUCCCUCCCCCCUUCCCAGCAAAGCCCCUCCACAACCAGCACCGUCCCCAAAACCUUCCUAGACGCCAUGUCCAUCCGCGAGUCCGUCUUCAUCAACGAGCAACAGAUCCCCACCGAAAACGAAUUUGACGCCAACGAUCCUCGCUCCGUUCACUUCGUCAUCUACGCCUCUAUCAACCAAGUCGUCCAGCAGGAGGAGAGGGACGCUGACAGUGGGAGGGUCAUGAGGCCGAGGAAGUCAGAGACAAGGUCGGUGCCGAUUGGCACGGUCAGGAUAGUGCCGUUUCCUCAUGCUCCACACCCGGUUAAGGGCGGACGGUAUCUGGCUGAUGAGUUGGUGAACUUGGAGGAGCUGGACUCGGAGACUAAGAAGGCGUUGGAGAGGGUGGAACAGGGUGGGAAGGAUCGCAAGACAAGCCUGCACGACGGAGAGGAGGUCUACAUGAAACUGGGCAGACUGGCGGUCUUGAAGGAGUUUCGCGGUCGUGGCAUCGCAGGCCAGUUGAUCAGGCGCGGGUUGGAGUGGAUGAGACAACAUCCGAGGUAUUUCAGCCCGUCAGUGAAGGAGAGGGGGUUCGAAGCGCUGGGAAUCGAUCCGGAAAGGGACGCGAGGAUGAUGCCUAAGUGGCGGGGUCUGUUUUGCGUUCAUGCCCAGGUCAGCGCCAUCGGUGCUUGGAAGAGGGCUGGGUUUGUGGUGGAUGAGGAGAUGGGAAGGUGGUGGGAGGAGGGGAUUGAGCAUGUUGGCAUGUUUUGUAGGGUGGAUGUGAGGGCGUAGGUGUAUCUGUCGGAGUCUGGGCAGAGGGUGGAGGGACAUGGGGGGAUAUAGAAUGAAGGUGUUGGUGUUGGUAGUGGAUUUUGUGACAAUAUUUCCUUCCUAUUAGCGGGUGUUUGUGACAUUGAUACCAUAAAAAAAGGUGAUGGGAAGAUGGGUCAAAAGGGCUAGAGAAAGCCUUUAGUCGUUGUAUCACUUCAUGGCAAAACAACAGCCCUCCUAAAACUGACACAAGGGGAACUAUGAGCAGCUAGAAUUCGUGGCGGUCUCGUCGAGGGGAGCCAGAAGUGGCAGAUGACUUAGACAUGUUGUUGGAGCCGGGUAGAUUCUGCGACAAUGUUUCUUUGCGGUUAGCGCUUGUGAUAUGUUUCAUCAUACAAAAAGAGGAUAGGGACGUCAAGUCUUUGAAAGUAAAAAGGAAGGGGUCGAAAUCGGUGUUCGGUCGUUCAGUCACUCAUGGCCAAACAU